AUGUCACUUGCUCAUAGAAGUUCUUUGAAGAUUGACACUUUACAAAUUAGCAUCCUGUUCAAACUGAAAGACCGCCAGAGAGUCAUCUCAAUGGAAGGUAUGCAAAGAAAACAAAUGCAGAUUCAGAGCAAAGCUGCCCCCGUCCCGAGUGUGAAUCCCACGGUCACCGUGGUCUGGUUGACAAUGAGCUCUGUGCUGUCAGCUUUCCUGAGGGAGCUCCCUGGCUGGUUCCUGUUCUCUGGGGUCUUCCUCCCUGUGACUUUGCUGCUUCUCCUCCUCAUCGCCUACUUCAGGAUCAAAUUGAUUGAAGUUAAUGAAGAACUGUCCCAGACUUGUGACCGCCAACACAAUCCCAAGGAUGGCUCUUCCCUGUACCAGAGAAUGAAAUGGAUGUGAUGUUGGGGACUUUCCAAAAACUAACGCACAAUGAGUGUCUCCUGGUCAGUGAGCAAUGGUCAACAGUUCAGCUAAUAAAUUAGGUUGAUAAACAAGAACCAUGGCAAAAGAGAAAGAAUACUAAGAUACAGGUUCUGAACCAUGUUGAAAAGUGGCAAUUAUCUGAGAGGACUUCUCAGAGACUCAGCCCAAGGAGCAGCUCCUGAAAAGUGCCAAGAACAGAUUUCUUGGGUCUACAGACUGGGCACAUUGUAACUUUUUAACUUUUAUUGUGACUGUGUCUGCUUUAAAGGGCAUAUUUACAAAAUAAAAUUAUGCAGCAUCUUACUACAUAAUCCCCAUGGGAACCCAUAUUAUUCUGAUUUUAGAGGUGAAGAAACCCUGAUAGAAAUCCAAAGAAUGGCAAAAGAUGAUUACCUUGGAGAGAGCUCAGCAGAUUCUGUGUGCAAGAGUAUUUCCACUUGCUCUUCCUGCAGUUCAGCAAAUCUUAAAUGACUGUUCAGGUAUCAUUUUUGGACUUGACUUUGCUUCUCUCCUUUCCCUAAUUGCUUUCACAAAUCAUUAUUUUAAUAAACACGAAAAAACAAGAGGAGUCACCCACACUAAGUGUGGAUCAUCCACAAAAAUUACAGCAUUAUGCGACCUGGAAAUGUUGGCAAUUUGUAAUGGGAAAAGGAAAGAACAGAAUGUUCACAUAAUUUAUUUCUAACUAUGCAGAGAAGUCAACAUUUCACUACAAUUCUUCUCUUUCAUUGGGAGCCCCAAAGAGCCAACACAAAUAAUUGAAAAGAAACUUAAUUCAAGGGGUAAACUAGAUUGUGAUUACUGAUGCGCUCCCCACAUUCUUCCAGUGAACAUAAACCAGAGAGGUUCAAUACAUUGUUAAGUGUAAGACUGGUUACAUUCCAAUCUUUGUGCAGGACACUAACAGGCUGAGUGAUUCACUUUAUAAAACGUAAUGAAUAUGGUCACCUGUAAGAAUGCACCUGUUUCAGUGUGGAUUACAGUCAUACAAAAGGUUGUGCGGAUGACCAAAAGCAAGAACACACCACCAGUGCCGGACUGUUGCUACUUCUUCCCCUCAGCCUCACCCUAAAAUUCUUGAUACCCAUCCCGUCAGUAGUCUCCAUUUGCACUUCUUACAUAAUAUAAAACUCAUUGCUAGAAUAAACACACUCAUUUCUGCAUUUUACUGCACUUGAUCACAAUGAAAAUGUCUGCUGGGGUUUCAGACUGAACUAAUUCAGAGUAACAGUGCUCUUGCCAUAUGGAAGGAAUAACAAUAUUCUUUCAGUUUUGGGAGCAAUCUCUUUUUAGCCCCUGGUGGAAAUCAGCUUAUGUAAAAAUGCUUUCUUUAACAGAAAGUGUGAAAGGACACAUCGUAUUCCUAUCUCAGGCAGCUGCCAGCCAAAUCUGUGGCUCAGCUAUCAAGGUUUGCUCCAUCUUCCUCCAAUAAUGGGCACUUCAGACACCCAAUUCCGGCUCUAGUGGGUGCUGUUCCACCAUCUCAGCUACUGUGACAAUAGAUGAACUCUAUACAGACAUGUUUACAGCACCAAGUGCUACCUAGUACUUUAAAGCAAAACCCAUUUCUUUCUCUGCCGUCCAAUGAGAGUAGAGAAUCUCCAGUGAAACUGACUUGUCUAUAAAUGUCUUUUAUAUGUAGAGGAGCAGAAGUAUGUUCAUUUUCCUAGGAAGGGACAAGUCCCAAGGGUUUAUCAUCUGCCUGAAGGCACUGCUAACAAAUUUGUCAAAGCCUUUAUCCAGCACAGCUUUACUAAGCAGCUGCAUAGCCACGCCUUUGCCCUUCUCAUGCUCACGGGUCCAGUUUAAGAUCCCGUUCAGGCCUGAACUGCUUUGGUCCUUUCCAUUCCUGCUGCCGAAAAAGCUGUCUUGGCCUCCACCUAGACCAAGUCAGCGGUCUCCCAACAUUAUCCUACAUUCAGUAGCAUCCUAUGCUCCAGGGGCCAGAAAUGCUCCCACACCCCUAAAGGUUUCACUACAACAGUUCCUAAUCGUAUUCCAAAUGCUAUAGCAUCCGAAACAGUUCACCAGUAGGGAUGCUGUUUCUCCAAGUGGAGACCUUCAAUAAAGCACUUUAAUAGGUGCU